AAUGCCAGUUAUCGGCAUUUCUCUCCCCACGAGCUGUCACGCUGCCAGCUUGAGAGGAGACGAGAGCCAGUAAUCGGCAUUCCUCGGAGGGGACAUCAGUGCCACCUGUCAGUGUCCAUCAGUGUGCCAGCUGUCAGUGCUUAUCCAUGCCACCUGCCAGUGCCCAUCAGUGCCAUUUCAGUGCCUACCAGUGCACAUCUGAGCUGUCUUUCAGUGUCACCCAUCAGUGCCAGUCAGUGCCACCUAUCAGUGCCACCAAUCAGUGCUACGUAUCAGUGCCAGUCACUGCCGCCUAUCAGUGCCAGUCAGUGCCGCCUGUCAGUGUGCAUCAGUGCCGCCUAUCAGUGCCCAUCAGUGCUGCCUAUCAGUGCCACACAUAACAGUGCCAGUAAGUGCCACCUAACAGUGCCAGUCAGUGUCGCCUGUCAGUGACAGUCAGUGCCGCCUAUCAGUGCCAGUCAGUGCCGCCUAUCAGGGGAUCGCGGCGUCCUGU